CUGAGGGCCCGGCGCUGCGCCCCAGCUGGAGGGUGGGCGCGCGGGGAGCGGCAUGAAUCUGGGGCUGUGAGGCCGAGGUGGCGGUGGUAGGGGAGAAGGGUCGGAUGCGGGUCCGGGGGCAGCGCUGAGGCGGCGACCCCGACCUCUGAGACGGGUCCGGACGCCCCUGCCCUGCCCAGUCCCCGCCGGAGCGCGACGCCGCGGGCCGGCGAAGGCGAGUCUCUGGCACGAUGAAGGAUUUGAGAGUAGAGUACUUGGCAUGUGGUGAAGGAGUCCAGCUCUUUGGAUUGUUGAACCUCUACCUAGAGCAAGAACAGAGGUUCCAACCUCGAGAAAAAGGACUGAGUUUGAUUGAGGCCACACCCGAGAAUGAUAACUCUUUGUGUCCAAGAUUGAGAAAUGCCAAAGUAGAAGAUUUAAGGAGCUUAGCCAACUUUUUUGGAUCUUGCACUGAAACUUUUGUACUGGCUGUCAAUAUAUUGGAUAGAUUCUUGGCUCUUAUGAAGGUGAAACCUAAACAUUUGUCUUGCAUUGGAGUCUGUUGCUUUUUGCUGGCUGCUAGACUAGUUGAAGAAGAAUGCAAUAUUCCAUCCAUUCAUGACGUGAUCCGCAUUAGUCAAUGUAAAUGUACUGCUUCGGAUAUAAAACGGAUGGAAAAGAUAAUUUCAGAAAAAUUGCACUAUGAAUUACAAGCUACUACUGCCUUAAACUUUUUGCACUUAUACCAUACUAUUGUACUUUGUCAUACUUCAGAAAGGAAAGAAAUAUUGAGUCUUGAUAAACUAGAAGCUCAGCUGAAAGCUUGUAGUUGCCGACUUACCUUUUCAAAAGCAAAACCAUCUGUAUUAGCCUUGUGCCUUCUCAAUUUGGAAGUAGAAACUUUGAAAUCUAUUGAAUUAUUGGAAAUUUUACUGCUUGUUAAAAAACAUUCCAAGGUUAAUGACACUGAAUUCAUUUACUGGAGAGAAUUAGUUUCUAAAUGCCUAGCAGAAUAUUCUUCUCCUGAAUGUUGCAAACCAGAUCUUAAGAAAUUGGUUUGGAUUGUUUCGAGGCGCACAGCCCAGAACCUCCACAACAGUUACUACAGUGUUCCUGAGCUGCCAACAAUACCAGAGGGAAGUUGUUUUGAUGAAAGUGAAAGUGAGGACUCUUGUGAAGAUAUGAGCUGUGGAGAAGAGUGUCUCAGCAGCUCUCCUCCCAGUGAUCAAGAAUGUGCUUUCUUUUUCAACUUCAAAGUGGCACAGACUUUGUGCUUUCCAUCUUAGGAAUCUAAAUUGUCCUGUGGCAGAAUUGAAAGUGUCUGUAGGUUUUAAAGCAAUAAAUGGGGGUGUAGGUAGUUUCCUGGUCUAGCCCCCGCCUCUAGUCAGGAAUUGCAUAGACUGGAAUACCUAUCUUCUGUUUAUUAUUCAGAUCAGAUCUGGCCUAUUUUCAUAUUUAAUCCUAAGCCAUCAAAUGGGUUAGUGCCUCUAAAACAGUUAACAGUACUUCUGACAUUGGCACUUUAUUUUUCUCGUUGAUCUUUUAGCUACUUGGGGAAUGAGGAAAGGUGCUGAAACCUUCAAUUUAUUACUUUUCAACAAGACUUUUAAAGAUGAAUAGUAUAGCUUAUCUUAAACUUUGUAAGUCUUCAGGUGUCUAUUUAAACAGAUUGGGAGUGUGCAAGUGCUUCCUUAGCAGGGACAAUGGAUAACUUUAAUGUUUAUCGUAGCUCUUUCUCCCCUUCCCAUUCUCAGAACAGAGAAUAUGUCAAACACUUUUUUGUUGAUUUUUAAGUGAUCAGUAUACUAUCUGAUGCAGACUAUAAAGCUAGGAAUUAUGUAUUCACAUUUCUAUGAAUUUUAGUAGGUAAUGUUAAAUGAGGGUUUUGCUACAGCAAAAAUAAUUGACAGGCUAAGGUUGUUAGUCACAUUCCUCAUGCCUAAUGCCUAAGUAUUGUCAAACUAUAGUAUUAUUUUAAUGUUAUUAAAACAAUCCAUAAUCUGCUAGUUUUGCAUGCACCUGUAUGAAAGCAGUGCAGCAAGUUGAACAGAACUAGGUAACUAUGGAAUUGAUAAAUGUUGAUUGAGUAAUGCAUCUUUUCUUAUAUUAAAAAAAGUCUGCAUGUUUAUGUUUUUUUCUUUGUAAUUCACAUUUCAGAUAAUGAUAUUACAGUAUGGGUGCCAAGAAUGAAUAUGAAGUUAAAAAGAAAACUGUGUUUGUAGUAGUAGAGUUUGAAGCAUUUUGGUGUGGUAGUACCACCAUAAGAAUAGAAAUUUAUAAAACUGUAUACAUGAGAUUUUGUACAGAGAAUUUUUUAACUUUAUAAGCUGUAUAUGGAAGUGUAAAUUUUUUAAAAUGUACAUAAAAUACUGUAUUUUUUUACUUUGUGUGUGUGAUAGUCUUGUCAUUGCAUGUAAAUAUAAUUUAUUGUGCUCUGUAUUAUAAAUACACAUUGAUGACUUUUUUACUGGUAAUUCAAUGUCCAUUGGAUGCUUUCUGAAGUGGUUAUUUUUGAA